AUGAAAUCUUAUAUAGUUUUAUCUCUUUUUGUGACGUUAUGCGCUGGCGGUGCUAUUCCCAACAUGCCACUGGACAAUAGUAACUAUGUGGAAGGGAAGAGUCGAUAUAUAUGGAUGCCUGAUGGUGACAAUGUACCUCAUUUAGUAGAUCUACAAGCAGCAACUACAGCAAGUCAGCCUAGAAAUGGGGAGGACAAUCAGUACUGGUUGUACACCAGACAAAAUCCACAAAGUCAUCAACUUCUUAUACCGAACGAUGUAGCGUCAGUAAGGAACUCAAACUUCAAUGCGAGCUUGCCAAUCAAGGUAAUCGUCCACGGAUGGAUCAGCAGCGGCACAUCGGAAAUCAACCCAAUGAUUCGUGAUGCCUAUCUUCAAAUCGGAGACUUCAACAUAAUCGUCGUAGAUUGGUCGGGAGCCGCUGGUGGAAUUUAUACCAGCGCAGUCUUAGCGGUUCCCAGCGUUGGCCAACAUCUGGGCAACUUUCUGAAUUGGUUGAUCAGUGAUUUUGGUGGAAACUUUAGGAAUAUGCAUCUAGUUGGUUUCAGUUUAGGAGGUCAUGUUAUUGGUAACGCUGGUCGUGUUGUAGGCGGUCGAAUUGCACGACUCACUGCUCUAGAUCCCGCCGGUCCUCAAUGGAGUGGAAACAGGUUUUCUUUGAACCGUCACGAUGGCAUCUACGUUGAGACUAUUCACACCGACGGAGGUCUUCUAGGAAUCUUUGACCCGAUAUCAGAUGCCGACUUCUAUCCUAAUGGGGGUAGAGAUCCUCAACCUGGCUGUCCCAGUAGCCCAUGCUCCCACGCGCGUGCCUACGAGUUGUUCGCUGCUAGUGUUGUCCACAACCACUUAUUUGGAAGACAUUGCAGGGAUAUUACUGAAGCUCGACACAACCGCUGCCGUGGAACUAUGCACCAAAUGGGAAAUUCUCAUUUAAGAAAGAGAGGAUAUGGACUAUUUGCCUUAUCAACCGGUGCAGAGUGGCCAUAUUAA